UGUGGGUGAGAAACAGAGAGGAGGAGGAGGGGUGUAGACAUGCUUAGAGAGAGAGAGAGACAGAAAACUCUUCCAGGCUCUCAGAUCUUGGUUGUGGUGGAGACACCCAGGAGCAGAACAUUCCUGAGCCAGGCAGCCAGACGGAGCGAGAAUUGAGAAGCCGCGACAUCCUUCAUUAUCUCUUGAUCACCACGUCCGACUGCCUCUGACCUCUUCUUCUUGACUGGCCGUCCUUUCUUUCUGUUAUACACACAUGCGUGUGAGCGCUGCCUUGCAUACAUCGGGAGGACUCUGCUACUGUUUCUGAAGUAAAGGAUUUUGCUCAGCAAGGGAGAGAAGCUGUGAGAUCUUAAUACAGGCAGAAGACUAAAGGUAGCAAAAAGAAGAAAGAGCUCCCCUUCCUGAAUCAGUGCCAUGCAACGCUGAGCUGUAGCAAACCAAACUGAAGUAAUCCAUUUGGAAGACUAUCUUACCAAUCACCUAGCCCCGCUUGGACGCAGAUGGAGCUCAAAGUGUGGGUGGAUGGAGUGGUGCGGGUGGUAUGUGGCUUAUCGGAGGAGACAUCCUGCCAGGAUGUGGUCAUCGCUCUGGCCCAAGCCAUAGGUCAGACCGGUCGCUAUGUUCUGAUCCAACGUCUUCGGGACACGGAGAGACAGUUGCUUGCCACAGAAAGACCCCUUGAGUCUCUGGCCAAGCUAGGCCAGCAUGGGAGUGAGGUCCAGUUCUUCCUGCGUCGCACUGGCCCGAGCAGCAGUGAUGGGCCUGGCUCAAAACAAGACAAACUAAGCCCUCUCCCUCUGCCCAAGUAUCCUGAGCAGGACCUUUCAAAACGCAACCAGCCCAAGAAAUCUCUCACAUUCAACCUGGGGCCAUCAACUUCUCCCAGAGCCAAACCUUUUCAGAGGUCUCCUCGGGACUCCCCAGAGCAAAGAGCCUCGCCUUCAUCUUCUCCCAUCCCUACAUCCCAUCAUGCUCCAUCUCCCUCACCACCAAUAGGCCCAUCCAAAGAGGAGGUCUUCAGGAAGGUUCUUCAGCAGCAGGAGAGACUAAGGGCCAUUGAAGAACAGCUAGAAAAUCUAGAAAGGGAGUCUAACACUUGGGAGCGCCACUGCUCAUCUCCGUGUCCUUCACCCGUGUCUGAUGCCCGCUUCCAAGAGGAGUUGGACACUCUGGAGCAAACAAUGCGGAGGAACCAGGCAGAGCUCGCCCACGAGCAGUACUGGGAGGAGGAGCUUCAAGCAGAGACAGAGAGGGAGCGAGGAAUGAGGAGAAAGCUGGGGGAGCUCCAUGCAAAGCUAGACGACUGCGGAAGGCGUCUUCAUGAAUUCUCCGUGCGCUCUGCUCAGCUGGAGCAAGAGAUCCAGCAGGAAAGUCAGUUGGAAGCCAAAAGCAAAGGGCCGGAGGAAUCACUUGAUGCUGUGAAAGCAGAGCUCCAGAGCCAAGAGAUGCACGGGACAGAGUUAGAGGAGCAACUAACUGAGACUGAUAAGGCUCUGGGGAAGGCAGAGUCUCUGCUGCAGGCCAAACACGAGGACUUGGAGGAGUUGAACAAGGAGCUGAGGCAGUGUAACCUCCAGCAGUUCAUCCAGCAAGCCGGCGUCCUGCCCGCACACAGUCACUCGCGCACGGAGCUCCAAGAGCAACUUGAGCAGUUAGAACUGGCACAUCUUCUGCAGGAUGGAUACAGGAAUGGAAGUAGCGGUACAACUUCAGCCAACUCACCGCCUCGCCCCACUGCCAAACAGUUCUUAGGACAUCCACGCAACCUGCAGAACCCCCUGGUGUCCAGUCUCAACCCUGAGGUCCUGGCAUCCCGAGAGUCGUCAUGGUGAUAAAACAUGGACCACAAGGGCAGAGCGCAAACUUGUUCACUUGUUGUAUUAUCACCACCUGUUUAAUCCUUGUUACCCUUAACCCUAUUAGUACUCUUAUAUAUACUGUAUAUACAUAAGACAAAUAUAUUUACAGAGUUUUGCUACUGUAAACACGACAAAUGAUCUGUGUGAAAUGUAAAAGAAUUUAGGAAACUUUUACCUAGACCGAUUAUUACAACGUAUUUAAAUACUGUAUAAUAAAAAAGUCCACGUGUUUAGAGACUUAUUUGUGCUGUUUUUGUAUUUCAAUAUCUGUACUUAUUCUUUCCUUCUAGCUUACAGUUAAAUCUUGAUAUCCUCCACCUCCAGCAGCAAAUAAUCACCACAGCGUUCCAAGAAUGACUCUUCCUUGUGAAAUCUAUUAUGAAUAUAUUAUACUUUUUGAAUUAUUCACACUCCCUUCUGCUACUUGUGGCAGAAUGGCUCUGAUGAUGCGUUGCGAUUAUUUCUUCUUUUUUGGGGGGGGGGACGGGAAGCAUUUGCAGGUGGCUGAUUGAAAAAUGCGUCCGUGCAUGCAGAGGGAAAUGUGGCAAACAUCUUGGCAUCACAUCUGCUGCUGUUCCAGCUGAGGGAACCUAAUAGAUUGACAAGAUGUGACAUGAAGGCCAUGCUGCAUCAUUGGGCUUUUUAGGACGCAGCUAGCAAGGAGUAUCGGGGCGUGGACCAACCAACACUUUUGUGCAUUGGCAAAAAAAAAAAAAAAAUCCUGUAUUUUCACCUUUCAACGGAUCCACACACAAAUAUUAGUUGCGUUAGAUUACAAUUACAAUUCACAGAAGCUCUUUCACAAUGUAUCACCUCAUUCAAGUGAAGACGAUCUUGAGCGACUACGGUGCACGCAACCCUUUCAGAACAUCACACAUUGCUCAAUUCAGCAUGUCCAAAAAGGAGUAGGAAGAAUCAGGAAGUGUGUUCACUUCCUGUGUUUAAAAUGUUCGCGUUACCAUUUUUAAUGAGAAAGAAAAGAAUGAAGCCUGGUGAGGAUAAGCGGCAUAGAACAUGCAUGGAUGGAAAUUCACCAUCUGAUUAUUUGUGAUAAGAGACGUCACCCUGGUGUGAAACACACAGAGACACAUGCCACCCGUUUCCUGAUGUUUUACUCUUGGGGAGUAAACAUGAUGGCUGUCUCACAGAGAUUUGUCCUCUGGAUGACCCCUGGACCCCCGUGGCCCCAACAUCAACAAUCACUGUAUACUUUUUAAAUAGCAUGUCUAAAUUUAGAAUGGACAAAACCAACCCAAGAUGGGCAGUUUAGAUAUCAUGAUUACUUACGUGCAAUUGGAUUAUACUGAGAAGCUCUUGAGCUGUCUGACUUGCCUGGGGUUACAUAAUUUCCAAAUCCUUGUGUUGUCUAGACAAGCGGCCGGCAACCUCUGGCUUCGGAGAUUUCUUUUUUUAACACUGAAGCAGAGCAAAUGUGCGUUUUCUAAAAGGUUGAGCAGGGCAAACAUACUUUCAAGGAGUGGAUGAACGCUCCAAACUGAACUACAGCUGCUAGCGUUGUGACUGCAAGGAGGAAGCCAUUCACAGAUGGGGACUAAAUCAACAAAUCAUUCAUAAAAAAUAUCCCAGCAUCUGUUCUCCAAAUUCCAAACAUAAAUAAGAAAUUAUUAUUAAUUAUUCAGAAAAUGAAAGAAAUGCUCCUCCUUGCAAAAGACAGGCAAGAACAUGACCGACAACAACAACAUGGCAAACUGAUGACAUUAUUUCCGUGGAAGCAUAUUGAAUUGCCUGUGAUGAGUCAAGUGAUGUAAACACUAUAGAGCGGACACAGAUAUGCAAAUAUGUGAACUCUGAUGGCCUUUUUAAUGUAAAGUUGACUAUGUUUUCUUUUCAUUUUACACAAACGUGUUUAAAUGAUUUCAAAGUCGGCCUUUACAUGCACUCUGCACUUCUGUUAGCUCAAUUAUGUUGUUGUAACAGGUAAACUUUGAAAAAGAUUAAAAGUCUAUAAGCUGUGUAAUGUAUUGCGGCU